AGUUCAGAGAAGCAGGGCUGCUGCGGACGGUGGCAUCAGUGAGAACUGAGAAGGGGCGAAACAAGGGAAUAUUUGGCCGACUUUCAAAAUAACUGGAUAAUAAAAACGGGACGCGCUGGAUUGCAACUCAUUCAUCUCUUCGUGCACGUAGGUCUCAUCGCUGACAGCCCCUGGUGGCCUAUAUUUAGUUCCUCAUGCCGGAGAUGGCGCAGCGGAGCGGGCAAGAGGACCCUGAGCGGUACCUCUUUGUGGAUCGAGCCGUGGUCUACAAUCCAGCUUCACAGGCAGACUGGACGGCCAAGAAGCUGGUGUGGGUUCCUUCCGAACGGCAUGGAUUCGAGGCGGCCAGCAUUCGAGAGGAACGUGGAGAGGAGGUGCUUGUUGAGCUGGCUGAAAAUGGCAAGAAGGCCCUGGUGAACAAAGAUGACAUCCAGAAGAUGAACCCUCCCAAGUUCAGCAAAGUGGAGGAUAUGGCAGAGCUCACCUGCCUGAAUGAAGCGUCUGUUUUACACAACCUGAAGGAUCGUUACUACUCUGGGCUCAUAUACACGUACUCGGGACUCUUCUGUGUGGUCAUAAAUCCAUACAAAAACCUCCCCAUAUACUCCGAGAACAUCAUCGAGAUGUACAGGGGUAAGAAGAGGCAUGAAAUGCCACCUCAUAUCUACGCCAUUUCUGAAUCGGCCUACAGAUGCAUGCUUCAAGAUCGUGAGGACCAAUCAAUUCUUUGCACAGGGGAAUCAGGUGCUGGAAAGACAGAAAACACUAAAAAAGUCAUCCAGUACCUGGCUCACGUUGCAUCGUCACAUAAAGGAAGGAAGGACCACAACAUUCCACCAGAAUCACCUAAAGCAGUCAAACUCCAGGCAAAGUUAGAGCGUCAACUCCUGCAGGCAAACCCUAUUCUGGAAUCUUUUGGGAAUGCCAAGACAGUGAAAAAUGACAACUCUUCACGCUUUGGCAAGUUCAUCCGCAUCAACUUUGAUGUAACCGGUUACAUUGUGGGGGCCAACAUUGAAACCUAUCUUCUUGAAAAGUCCAGGGCCAUUCGCCAAGCCAAAGAUGAACGCACCUUCCAUGUCUUCUACCAGCUGUUGGCUGGUGCCGGGGAACAUCUAAGAACUGAUCUACUCCUGGAGGGCUUCAAUAACUACCGCUUCCUCUCCAAUGGUAACAUUCCUAUUCCUGGCCAACAGGACAAGGACAAUUUCCAAGAGACCAUGGAAGCCAUGUAUAUUAUGAGCUUCUCUCAUGAGGAAAUCUUGUCAAUGUUCAAAGUGGUAUCAGCUGUCAUGCAGUUUGGUAACAUUGUGUUCAAGAAGGAGAGAAACACCGAUCAGGCUUCCAUGCCAGAAAACACAGCUGCUCAAAAACUUUGCCACCUGCUCGGCAUGAAUGUCAUGGAGUUCACCCGUGCCAUCCUGUCUCCAAGAAUCAAAGUGGGCAGAGACUAUGUACAAAAAGCCCAAACUAAAGAACAGGCUGACUUUGCAGUGGAAGCCCUGGCCAAGGCCACAUACGAAAGGUUGUUCCGUUGGCUUGUUCACCGCAUUAAUAAAGCUCUGGACAGAACCAAGCGCCAAGGAGCUUCCUUUAUUGGCAUCCUGGACAUCGCUGGCUUUGAGAUAUUCCAGCUGAACUCAUUUGAGCAGCUCUGCAUCAACUACACCAACGAGAAGCUUCAGCAGCUGUUCAACCACACCAUGUUCAUCCUGGAGCAGGAGGAGUACCAGCGUGAAGGCAUUGAAUGGAGCUUCAUCGACUUCGGCCUUGACCUGCAGCCCUGCAUUGACCUCAUUGAGAGACCGGCAAAUCCUCCCGGUGUGUUGGCUCUGUUGGAUGAGGAGUGCUGGUUCCCAAAAGCCACUGAUAAAACCUUCGUGGACAAACUGGUGCAGGAGCAAGGCACUCAUGGCAAGUUCCAGAGACCACGGCAGCUCAAGGACAAAGCCGAUUUCUGCAUCAUUCACUAUGCUGGCAAAGUUGACUAUAAGGCAGAUGAGUGGUUAAUGAAAAACAUGGACCCUCUGAACGACAACGUGGCCACGCUCCUGCACCAGUCCACGGAUAAGUUUGUGGCUGAAUUGUGGAAGGAUGAGAUUCAGAAUUUCCAAAGAGCGUCUUUUUAUGAUGUCUCUAGUCUCCAUGAAUCGCCAGGUGAAGUGGAUCGUAUUGUUGGUUUGGACCAGGUGGCAGGGAUGAAUGAGACUGCAUUUGGAGCUACAUAUAAGACCAAGAAGGGCAUGUUCCGUACUGUGGGUCAGCUUUAUAAAGAGUCCCUUACAAAACUCAUGGCCACACUCAGGAACACCAAUCCCAACUUUGUCCGCUGUAUCAUCCCCAAUCAUGAGAAAAGAGCUGGUAAACUGGAGCCCCAUCUGGUUCUAGACCAGCUGAGGUGUAAUGGAGUUCUAGAAGGAAUCCGGAUCUGCAGGCAGGGGUUCCCUAACCGUAUCGUCUUCCAGGAGUUCAGACAGAGAUAUGAGAUCCUCACCCCUAAUGCAAUACCCAAAGGUUUUAUGGAUGGCAAGCAGGCUUGUGAGAGAAUGAUCCGAGCCUUGGAGUUAGACCCAAACCUCUUCCGGAUCGGUCAGAGUAAGAUCUUCUUCCGCACUGGAGUUUUGGCACACCUGGAGGAAGAGAGAGACCUGAAAAUAACAGAUAUCAUCAUCUACUUUCAGUCAGUCUGUCGAGGAUACCUGGCUCGCAAAGCCUUUGCUAAAAAACAGCAGCAGCUAAGCGCUUUGAAAGUCCUCCAGAGAAACUGUGCCGCCUAUCUGAAACUACGCCACUGGCAGUGGUGGCGACUCUUUACCAAGGUGAAACCUCUCCUCCAGGUGACCCGUCAGGAGGAAGAAAUGCAGGCCAAAGAUGAGGAGCUCAUUAAAGUGAAGGAGAGGCAGGUGAAAGUGGAAACUGAAUUGGUGGAUAUGGAGAGGAAACACCAGCAGCUCUUAGAGGAGAAGAACAUCUUGGCAGAGCAACUACAGGCUGAGACAGAAUUGUUUGCUGAAGCUGAAGAGAUGAGGGCUCGCCUGGUGGCUAAAAAACAAGAGCUAGAGGAGAUUCUUCAUGACCUGGAGUCCCGCGUGGAGGAGGAAGAGGAGAGGAACCAAUCGUUGCAGAAUGAGAAGAAGAAAAUGCAGUCACACAUAACGGACCUAGAGGAACAGCUAGAUGAAGAAGAAGCUGCCCGACAGAAGCUUCAGUUGGAGAAGGUGACUGCUGAAGCCAAGAUAAAAAAAAUGGAGGAAGAUAUUCUGCUGUUGGAGGACCAGAACUCCAAAUUCCUUAAGGAGAAAAAACUCCUGGAGGACCGUGUCAGUGAGAUGACCUCCCAACUGACUGAGGAAGAAGAGAAGGCCAAGAACCUUGGCAAAGUGAAAAACAAGCAAGAAAUGAUGAUGGUGGACCUGGAAGAGCGUCUGAAGAAAGAAGAGAAGACAAGGCAAGAGCUUGAAAAAGCCAAAAGAAAGCUGGAUGGCGAGACCACAGACCUACAAGACCAGAUAGCUGAGCUGCAGGCCCAAAUUGAGGAACUCAAGAUCCAACUGGCCAAGAAAGAAGAGGAGCUGCAGGCUGUACUGACCAGAGGUGAUGAGGAGGUCGCUCAGAAAAACAACGCCCUGAAGCAAGUACGGGAGCUGCAGGCCCAAAUAUCUGAGCUGCAGGAGGAUCUGGAGUCUGAGAAAGCAGCCAGAAACAAAGCUGAGAAACUCAAGAGAGAUCUGAGUGAGGAACUGGAGGCUCUGAAGACUGAGCUGGAAGACACCCUGGACACCACCGCCGCCCAGCAAGAGCUGAGGACCAAAAGAGAGCAGGAGGUGACCGAGCUGAAGAAAGCCAUCGAUGAUGAGACGAAAAACCACGAGUCACAGAUCCAGGAGAUGAGACAGAGGCACGGCACUGCUCUGGAGGAGAUCUCUGAGCAGCUGGAGCAGGCCAAGAGAGUCAAGUCAAAUUUGGAGAAAAACAAACAGACUCUGGAGGGUGAUAAUAAGGAGCUGACCAGUGAGGUGAAGAGUUUGCAGCAGGCCAAGUCUGAAUCUGAGCACAAGAGAAAGAAACUUGAGGCUCAGCUGCAGGAGUUCAUGGCCCGCUUCAGCGAGGGAGAAAAGAUUAAAGGAGAACUUUCGGACCGCUCCCACAAACUACAGGCGGAGCUGGACAAUGUUUCUUCUCUUUUGGAAGAUGCUGAGAAGAAGGGAAUAAAGCUAGCCAAAGACGCUUCUAGCCUAGAGAGUCAGUUUCAGGACACUCAGGAGCUGCUUCAAGAGGAGACGCGUCAGAAGCUAAACCUGAGCAGCCGUAUCCGUCAGCUGGAGGAGGAGAAGAACAACCUCCUGGAGCAGCAGGAGGAGGAAGAGGAGGCACGAAGGAACCUGGAGAAACAACUGGCAACACUACAAGCCCAGCUGGUUGAGACGAAGAAGAAACUGGAGGAUGAUGUGGGAACUCUUGAGGGUCUGGAGGAGGUCAAGAGGAAGCUGCAGAAGGACAUGGAGGGGACCAGUCAGAAGCUAGAGGAAAAGGCCAUCGCUUUUGAUAAGCUGGAGAAAACCAAGAACAGACUGCAGCAGGAGCUUGAUGACCUCAUGGUGGAUCUGGACCACCAGAGACAGAUCGUCUCAAACCUAGAGAAGAAACAGAAGAAGUUUGACCAGAUGCUGGCAGAAGAGAAGAACAUCUCUGCACGUUACGCUGAGGAGAGGGACCGUGCUGAGGCUGAGGCUAGAGAGAAGGAUACCAAAGCUCUAUCUAUGGCCCGAGCCCUGGAUGAAGCUCUGGAGGCUAAAGAGGAGUUUGAGAGGCUUAACAAGCAGCUCAGAGCCGAGAUGGAGGAUCUGAUGAGUUCCAAGGAUGACGUAGGCAAGAAUGUCCAUGAGCUGGAGAAAUCCAAACGCACGCUGGAGCAGCAGGUGGAGGAGAUGCGCACUCAGCUAGAGGAGCUGGAGGACGAACUACAGGCCACAGAAGAUGCCAAGCUGCGUCUGGAGGUCAACAUGCAGGCCAUGAAGGCUCAGUUUGACCGAGACCUGCAGGCCAGAGAUGAGCAGAAUGAGGAAAAGAAGAGAGCACUGGUCAAACAGGUGCGUGAGAUGGAGGCGGAGCUUGAAGAUGAACGAAAGCAGAGAGCUCUUGCCGUAGCUGCCAAGAAGAAACUGGAGAUGGACCUCAAAGAUGUGGAAGCUCAGAUCGAGGCUGCAAACAAGGCCCGUGAUGAAGCCAUUAAACAGCUACGCAAACUCCAGGCCCAGAUGAAGGACUAUCAGAGAGAGCUUGAGGAGGCGCGCACUUCUCGGGAUGAGAUCUUCACUCAGUCUAAGGAGAAUGAGAAGAAACUCAAGAGUCUCGAGGCUGAGAUUCUGCAGCUGCAAGAGGACCUGGCAUCUUCAGAGCGAGCCAGACGUCACGCAGAGCAAGAAAGAGAUGAGCUGGCAGAUGAAAUCUCUAACAGCGCCUCAGGAAAGGCAGCCCUCUUGGAUGAAAAGAGGAGGCUGGAGGCUCGUAUCUCCCAGCUGGAAGAAGAGCUUGAGGAGGAACAAAGCAACAUGGAGCUCCUGAACGACCGCUUCCGCAAGACCACCAUGCAGGUGGAUACACUGAACACAGAGCUGGCAGGAGAGCGCAGUGCCGCCCAGAAGAGCGAGAACGCCCGUCAGCAGCUGGAGCGGCAAAACAAAGACUUGAAGUCCAAACUGCAAGAACUGGAGGGAUCCAUCAAAUCAAAGUUCAAGGCCUCUAUCGCCGCCCUGGAGGCCAAGAUUAUCCAGCUAGAGGAGCAACUUGAACAGGAAGCAAAGGAGAGAGCAGCAGCAAAUAAGAUUGUGCGUCGCACAGAGAAGAAACUGAAAGAAGUGUUCAUGCAAGUGGAGGAUGAGCGUCGCCAUGCUGACCAGUACAAAGAACAGCUGGAAAAGGCAAACUCCCGCAUGAAGCAGUUGAAGAGGCAGCUGGAGGAGGCUGAGGAAGAGGCGACUCGAGCGAACGCCUCGCGCAGGAAACUCCAGAGAGAGCUGGACGACGCCACUGAAGCCAGUGAGGGUCUGAGCCGAGAGGUCAACACGCUCAAAAACCGCCUCAGACGAGGAGGUCCCGUCAGCUUCUCCUCGAGCCGCUCCGGACGCAGACAGCUGCAGGUGGAAGGAGAGUUCUCUGACGACGACGCAGACAGCAAGGCCAGCGACCUGAACGAGAACCAGGCGGCCCAAGUGGAGUAGAGCCAUCAGCCCCACUGCUUCCUCUCCUAAAUGACUCUCUCCUUUAGCUGUGUGGGGUCAGCGGUACAGAAAGAGGACCAGUGAGCAAUGCACACACACACACACACACACACACACACUAACACUUCCGCACUCAGAAUUAAGCUACCCUCGGCCCUACAUUUAUAUCCCCUCCCUACCAAGGGAGCAUCAACUCUGCCUUGUUCUAAAUGCAAGAUGCUUCAACUACAAAAAUACUGCGCUCACAACAGAACACACUAGAAGUACAAGUGCAUUUCAAACAUCAGAGUUUGCUUUGUGCUCAUUCAUAAGAGCGUU